UCCCCUUCUGCAGAGCCAGGAAGAUCCCCUCUCUUCCUGCGGUCGGUUGGAGACUGUGACAGCCAAGGCAUUGUUUCGCGCAUUGGGUUACAGGGGGAAAAAAAGGGACGGAGAAAACACUACAACCAACAGCUGAAACGCUAGACCAGGAAUAUAUCGCAAUUAAAUUGGAAUCAGACGAUUUUAAAGACAUGGGUAACCGAGAUGAUGAAUACGAUUUCUUGUUCAAAGUGGUGCUGAUCGGAGACUCUGGUGUGGGGAAGAGUAACCUGCUGUCCCGUUUCACACGGAAUGAGUUCAACCUGGAGAGCAAAAGCACCAUCGGUGUGGAAUUCGCCACCCGCAGCAUCCAGGUGGACGGCAAAAUGAUAAAGGCCCAGAUCUGGGAUACAGCUGGACAGGAGCGCUACAGAGCCAUCACCUCAGCGUACUACCGGGGGGCGGUGGGGGCACUCCUAGUGUACGACAUUGCCAAGCAUCUAACCUAUGAAAAUGUGGAGCGCUGGCUGAAGGAGCUGAGGGAUCAUGCUGAUAACAACAUCGUCAUCAUGCUGGUGGGCAACAAGAGUGACCUGCGCCACCUCAGGGCAGUGCCCACAGACGAGGCUCGCGCUUUCGCAGAAAAGAAUACGCUAUCAUUUAUUGAGACCUCAGCUUUGGACUCCACUAAUGUAGAAGAGGCGUUCAAGAACAUCCUCACAGAAAUCUACCGAAUCGUAUCACAGAAGCAGAUAGCUGACAGAUCAGCACAUGACGAGUCUCCAGGCAACAAUGUAGUGGACAUCAGUGUCCCCCCCACCACCGAUGGGCAGAAAAACAAACUACCGUGCUGCCAAAGCCUGUGACCCUCAGCACUCCUCUGACCCCCUUUCCCCAACCCCCCUCCACUUCCACCAUCACACUGUCUUAUCCUGUACCGCCCAUUCUGUCUUUGUUACCAUAUGUGGCGACGCCCUACUCAACCCUCCCUCCCUGUAUACAAAACUUACUUUUUAUUACUUGUGAACUCACAUAUGCUCUUCUGCCAUGAAGUGAAACUUAAAAAAGCCUUCCAUUCACUUUUUCAGUUAUUCAUGGGUUCAACAUUGAGGUUCCUGCAGUGUAGCAACAGGACUGUGAAAUGGGAUGAGCUGGAUUUGAAGUGCUGUAGUGUUUUGGACUCUUGAGAUUUGAACAAUGACCACUAGAUGGUGCUGUGUAUAUACCCACUCACAGUUUCUCUUGAAUAAGGCAGUAUUAUUACAUUGGUAUAUGCAUUUAGUUAGUUAUCAUGCCAGAAAUGACCUUCAUUGUGUAUUUAUUCAAAUGUUUGUCUCACCUUUUCAUUGUUUUAUUUUCAAUAAUCACUGUAAGACUUUACAAUAAACUCAAUGACAAAGUAA